AAAAACCCAGAUUGCUCUAGAAUACGUUUACCGGCGUUCGAGUGAAGGAUGUUGCCAUGUUUUUUGGGUGCAGGGAAGUGGGAUAUUGAAAUUUACGGAGGGGUUUAAGGUCAUUGCGCAGCAUGUGCGAAUUCCUCUAGCGAGCGUUGAGAGGGACGAAGAUGAACUGCUCCAGCGGGUAAGGACAUGGCUCGAAGGCCCUGAUAGUGGGGACUGGAUCUUAGUUAUUGACAAUGCCGACAAUGAUGCCGACUUUAUUGGAAGCACUAGCCCCAUUGCCAAGUUUGUUCCACAAGGGCGUGAAGGAACUGUCAUAUUCACCACCAGAUCUCGGCAGGUGGCGAUUCGACAGGGCUGUAAGAUUAUCAAAGUUGACAAGAUGGAGCCGGAAGAGGCCCUGGAGUUGUUUUCAAAACGAUUUGAUAGCUGGCACAGCUUGGGAGAAGAAGAAAAAGAGGAUGUUUCACGGAUCUUAGACUCGAUGGACCACCUACCGCUGGCUGUCGCGAGUUCAGCAGCUUUCAUGGCUGAGAAUGGGACAUCACCUUCUGUGUACUGGACUAUUUUCCAGGAGAAUGAUAAACGAACUAAAGAGCUGCUUGCAGAGCAGUUUUACGACAUCCAACGAGAGGUCGACACGACCGAAAGUAUCUUGGGUACCUACUUUAUCACCUUCGACAGAAUUACGGAACAGAUGCCCUUGAUGGUAAAGCUUCUCGCGCUACUUGCAUCCCUUGAUCGCCAAAACAUACCUGAGGAGCUGCUGACUCACUCCGGACUGGAGGGCAUGGAUGAUUCGCUUAAAUUUUGUCAGGCAAUUGGGAAACUAUUGAGGUUCUCAUUGGUUACCGAGGCCAAAGACGAAGGCACAACAUUUUACGAAAUUCAUCGCUUGGUCCAGUUCUCUAUUCAGGCAUAUUUAUCGGUAGAACAGGCCAAUGAGGGGAGGACUGCAGGACUGCAGGCUAUUUCGAGGCUGUUCCCUGUGUAUGAGGACAAGCGGCAGAAUAUUUGUGCAGCUUACAUGUCUCAUGCGCUCUUAUUAACUAAAGAUUCAACGGAUACCAUUGCUGAAGACCUUGUCUAUCGCGUGGGACAGCAUUACUUCGAAAUGGGCUCCUAUAAUAAUGCCGAGAUUCAAGUACGCCAAUGCCUUGCUCUUCGAGAGGCCGAUAAAGAACGAGAAUGGAGGGGUGAGAGCUUCUCUCGGAUCAUGCUCUUAGGAGAGGUGCAACGGCGUCAAGGAAGGCUGAGAGAGGCAGAGGUGAUAUUUCUUAAGGAGCUAGAGGAAGCGGAGAAUACUUCCGGAUUAGACCACCCUGAUACUCUGACAGCUGUCAACAACCUGGCCCGGGUGCUGCGAGAUCAAGGGAGGUACGAAGAAUCUGAGGUGAUGAAUCGCCGUGCAUUGGAGGGGUACGAAAAACGGCUUGGAUCGGACCACCCUAACACUUUGAUGGCUGUCAACAACCUGGCUCUGGUGAUCUGGAGUCAAGGGAGGUACCAAGAAUCGGAG